AAGCAGCUCAUAAAUUUGGGGGAAGAAACAGCUGCCGAGCGCAUUUAGGGGGCUUCUUGCUAUUCAAGCUUUCUUCCUCUCUGUUCGCCUCAUUGUUCAGAACUUCACUCUCAAGUCUCAACUUUCCUCUUCUCUCUCUCAGCAGCGGCGGCGCCGCCCUCGUUUCGCGACGGUAGUUCCUCACCCACCAGAUCUGUUCAACUGUUGAGGGCAUUUAGGGCGUCUUGUUCUACAAGUUUUCCUAGAAUAAUCGAUUCCGGCUCCGAGCUGCUCCGCAAAAAAAUGGCCGACGGAGAAGAAGCAGCGCGCCGCCAUGCGGCGGUCAAUGACUACCGCAAGAAACUCCUCCAUCACAAAGAGUUCGACUCUAGAGUCCGAUCUGUGAGGGAGAGUUUACGAGCUGCAAAGAAGGAAUUUAACAAGACGGAAGACGAUUUGAAAUCUCUUCAAAGUGUCGGGCAAAUUAUUGGAGAAGUUCUCAGGCCACUUGACAAUGAACGAUUGAUUGUAAAAGCAAGUAGUGGACCAAGAUAUGUGGUUGGAUGCCGCAGUAAGGUGGAUAAGGAAAAAUUGACGUCUGGUACUAGAGUAGUUCUUGAUAUGACAACACUCACCAUUAUGAGGGCUCUUCCACGUGAAGUAGAUCCAGUUGUGUAUAAUAUGUUGCAUGAAGAUCCUGGAAAUGUUAGCUAUUCUGCUGUGGGUGGGUUAUCUGAUCAAAUUAGAGAAUUGAGGGAGUCUAUUGAGCUACCUCUCAUGAAUCCGGAGCUUUUCCUCAGGGUUGGCAUCAAACCUCCCAAGGGUGUGCUUCUAUAUGGUCCCCCUGGUACUGGCAAGACAUUGUUAGCAAGAGCAAUUGCAAGCAACAUAGAUGCCAACUUCUUGAAGGUCGUAUCGAGUGCCAUAAUUGAUAAGUACAUCGGAGAAAGUGCAAGGUUAAUCAGAGAAAUGUUUGGAUAUGCACGCGAUCACCAGCCCUGCAUAAUUUUUAUGGAUGAGAUUGAUGCCAUUGGUGGGAGGAGAUUCAGUGAGGGUACAAGUGCAGAUCGUGAAAUUCAGCGAACGUUGAUGGAGUUACUUAACCAGCUCGAUGGUUUUGAUCAGCUUGGUAAGGUCAAAAUGAUAAUGGCUACAAACAGGCCAGAUGUUCUUGACCCUGCACUUCUUCGACCUGGGCGAUUGGACCGCAAAAUAGAAAUUCCUCUGCCAAAUGAGCAAUCCAGAAUGGAGAUCCUUAAGAUUCAUGCUGCUGGAAUUGCCAAGCACGGUGAGAUUGAUUACGAAGCUGUUGUAAAGCUUGCAGAGGGAUUUAAUGGAGCUGAUUUGCGGAAUGUCUGCACUGAAGCUGGAAUGUCAGCUAUCCGUGCCGAACGCGACUAUGUCAUCCAUGAAGAUUUCAUGAAGGCAGUACGAAAAUUGAACGAAGCGAAGAAACUCGAGUCCAGUGCACACUACAGCGCUGAUUUUGGAAAGGACUGAAGUCAUGUAAUUUCUCUUAGCAGCCAAAAUCUCUUCAAGCACAACACUUUCCUUCCUGGCAAAAUGAUGCAGUCUUUGGACGCACACGAAGCCGAGCUUUUCCUGGUAUCCCUGGUGCUUAUCUUAGAACUAUAGGAACUUGCUGUAUCUGAUCACAGAUGGGGAGAUGAUGACUAUUCAUGAAAAUAUGGCAAUUCUUGCAUCUUAGAUUUCUUUUUUCCAAUCCGAGAGUUGAAUUUGUACCAAAACAUGAUAUCUGCGGCUCGGUUUACAAAAUACACAGUUGAUAAAUUAAUUGUUUCUAUUUGUAAUAUUACUGCUCUGGAGAUACAAUCUGGAUUGACGAACAUUAUAUUGCAAGAACUCACUUUUUGGUGAUUUUUGUUUAAUGAAUUUCAGUGGGCAAAACUGUUCAAAUU